CAUGCCAGUCAGCGCCUUGGCCUCGCCGCAGUCUCGUGGCAGCCGUGUGGUCCGCUCCGUGACCCAGCCAACGCUUGUGUUUAGUGUGCGAGUGUCUCCCGGCGAGCGUUGGUGUGUUGUCGGCGGCGCAGCUGUUGGUGAUUCGCUCCCAACGCGACUGACUCGCAUCUCCCUCUCUCAAUCUCAUUCCCCGUCUCUUGUCUCUUACUCGCUCCUCUUACAUUGUGUCUAGUCUUUGUGCCGACGGGAGAGGAAAGGCCCGUGUCUUCGUACUUGAAUACCGAGUGAGUGUCUGCGAAAAGUGUGUCACAAGCCAGCUGUGUAAACAGUAUCUUCAGACAAUUUCUUUUAAGGGAGCAUACAUUAGGCUCCCUCGUUAGUGAUAGUGUCAAGUCCAAGGGAGUAUCGCAUCAGUCAUCAAGAUGCCCAAACCGGUAAAUGUGCGGGUUACGACCAUGGACGCGGAGCUGGAGUUCGCGAUCCAGCCCAACACCACCGGCAAACAGCUGUUCGAUCAGGUGGUGAAGACCAUCGGCCUCCGGGAGAUCUGGUUCUUCGGCCUGCAGUACGUGGACUCCAAGGGCUACACCACGUGGCUCAAGCUCAACAAGCGGGUUCUCUCACAAGAUGUCAAGAAGGAGACGCCACUGCAGUUCAAAUUCAGAGCCAAGUUCUACCCAGAGGAUGUGGCUGAGGAGAUCAUCCAGGACAUUACACUGCGCCUGUUCUACCUGCAAGUGAAGAAUGCUAUCCUGAGCGAUGACAUCUACUGCCCCCCGGAGACCUCAGUGCUCCUGGCUUCAUAUGCAGUGCAAGCCAAGUAUGGAGACCAUGGCUCAGACCUUCACAAACCCGGCUUCCUGGCAAAUGACCGGUUACUGCCCCAGCGUGUCAUGGACCAACACAAGCUGACACGUGAGGAGUGGGAAGAGAGGAUAAUCACCUGGUACCAUGAACACAAGGGCAUGCUCAGAGAGGAUGCCAUGAUGGAAUACCUUAAAUUGGCACAGGAUCUGGAGAUGUAUGGAGUUAAUUACUUUGACAUCAAGAACAAGAAGGGUACAGAGCUGUGGCUAGGCGUUGAUGCUCUGGGUCUGAAUAUCUAUGAAAAGGAUGAUAAGUUAACUCCUAAGAUUGGCUUCCCAUGGUCUGAAAUCAGAAAUAUUUCCUUCAACGACCGUAAAUUCGUCAUCAAACCCAUUGACAAGAAAGCCCCAGAUUUUGUCUUCUUUGCACCUCGUUUACGCAUCAACAAGCGUAUCCUUGCUCUCUGCAUGGGCAACCACGAGUUGUACAUGCGUCGCCGCAAGCCAGACACCAUCGAGGUCCAGCAAAUGAAGGCACAAGCUCGUGAGGAGAAGUUAGCAAAGCAGCAAGAAAGAGAAAAGCUGGCAAGAGAAAUUGCUCUUCGUGAGGAGGCAGAGAAGAAGCAGAAAGAAUAUGAAGAACGCUUGAAGUCAAUGCAAGAGGAGAUGGAGAGGAGGCAGAAGGAGUUGGUGGAAGCACAGGAAACCAUCCGACGACUGGAAGAACAGCUGAGACAGUUGCAGGCAGCCAAGGAAGAGCUUGAGAACAAGCAGCAGGAACUCCACGACAUGAUGGUCCGUCUCGAACAGGCAAAGGAAAUGGAAGCAGAAGAGAAGCUCAAACUAGAGGAAGAGAUCCGCACCAAACAGGAGGAAGUACACAGGAUCCAGGAAGAAGUCAACUUGAAGGACGAAGAGACCAAAAAGCUUCAGCAAGAGGUUGAGGAAGCUCGCAUGAAGCAAGAGGAAGCCACUGCUGCUCUCUUGGCUGCUUCUUCUACCCCUCAGCAUCACCACGUAGCUGAGCAGGAAGACACUGAGGAGAAUGACGACAUCCCUAAUGGAGACAUCUCCAAGGACCUCUACAUCGGAGAUGAGCCCAUUGAAGAUCCAGUGGAGGAGAGGAGGACUCUUGCCGAGCGCAAUGAGCGACUUCAGAACCAGCUUAAGGCUCUCAAGCAUGACCUUGAGUCCACACGAGACACUGAAAAGGAAACCACCAUGGACAAAAUUCACAAGGAGAAUGUGCGACAGGGCAGAGACAAGUACAAGACACUGAGGGAGAUCCGCAAGGGCAACACCAAGCGACGAGUAGAUCAAUUUGAAAACUUGUAAACAGUCUGUCCUAGGACCAACACAUCUUCACACUCCUGCUUUCCUAUAGAGAUUUACUCCCACAUUUCCUUUCUUCUUUUUCUUCUUUUAUACAUAGGCUUUAUGUCAUACAAUUCUGUUGCUUUGCUAAACAAAUUUGACAAACUUCUGAGAUGCAAAAACUUUACUGAGUUUAUCAUUAUUAUUAAUUAUUCAUUAUAUUAUUAGUAGUAUAAUUACAAUUAUUAUUAUUAUUAUGAUUAUUAUUAUAUUGUUAUUAUUACUGUUAUUAUUACUUUAGAAGCCUGUGAAAUAUGUGAAUUCAGUUUUUGAUGAGUUCACAUUCCUUUUUCCAUUUACUACAUAAAAUAGUAUUGUCUUUGGAGAAGUAAAUAGGUAACUGUGCCCUACAUGAUCUUUAUAUAUAAUAAUGGAAAUUUGUAUGUAUGUAAUAUAGGUGAAAUGAGUGAUGUACUCUUGUCCUUGUUAAAAUUGGACCACAUCUUAAAAAAAAAGAAAAAAAAAAGAAAAAAGUAGUCAUAUCAUAAUCUAAAUGAAUGCAUUUCUCAUGUCUCAAGCAUGAGAAAAAACAUUAAGACAACACUUCCUUACUUAGUGUGAACAAUGUGAUAUGGACCAUUUCAGAUGGUGCUGGACCAUGCAAGUAACUUACCCUCCCCCUUCCCUCCCACCCUCUCCCUCUCCCCUUUCUGCCCCCUUGAAUUUUCAUCUCUCAAUUUAUUUGGUAACUUUCAUUCCCAGUAACUUGACACUUGAUGAAAGGUUCAAGGAGCUGAAUAUUUUUUAAGAUCUAAUAAUAUAUAAUAAAAAAAGAAGAAACCAGAAACAGCACAAUGUUAUCAUUGUACUGAAUUACCUUAUGCCCGAAGCUGUAUGUCUCUUGCAGUUCAUAUAGAAGAAGAAACAAAGCUAGAGGUAGAGAGUUAGAUUUUUACACAAUGAACGCUCUGGGUAAUAAAGUUAGGCCAAGCAUUGUUAUGAAUGUAAAUAUAUGUUGGUUGAUGGGUAGUCUAUUUUGAAUAUUGACAUUUGUAUUUGUAACACCUAAGUAUAGGCUCCUGUUUAGUGUUGUUCAGGUGGAUGCAACGAGAGAUCUGAUAGCUUAGAUCUGAUAGUUAUUAUUAUCAUAUUUAGGGGUGAAUAUGAAAUACGGAAGAUAUUUCCUCCUGAAUUGAUUAAUUUGUCAAUGUAUUGUUUUUUUGUUUUAUCUUUUGUUUUUGAAAAACUUUUUUUGUU